AUGUUUGCCGCUUCGGUCACUGCCGAGGGCUUGACACAAUCUCGAUACCCUUCGCAUGUGCCUCAGAUCAUCGCCUCUUUCCCUCUGUAUUGGAUUUUGCAAGUCAGCGACCACUAUCUUUAUUUUGGCGACCGUACCUACACCAGGUCUUUCCUUCCACGAAUAGAUGGUGUGCUCGAGUUCUUCGAGACACAUAUCGAUGAGCUUGGUCUUGUUGGGAAUCUGCCCUCCGAUGUGUGGCAAUACGUUGACUGGGUUACCACUUGGGGAGCUACGGACGAGCAUCCCGACAAGGGUGUACCUACUUCGGGCAGAAAGUCCAAUCGUCAUACCUUCUUCAGUCUAAUCUACGCUUGGGUAUUGCAGAAGGCAGCAAGCCUUGUCCAGGCCGUUGGACGUCCUGGGCACGCACAAGAAUACGAACAGCGCGCCAAUGCUGUCAUCCAAGCUGUCCGGAAGCACUGCCAGGAUGGACAGUUUGUCACGGAUUCCACAGCAGAUAUUGCCGACGAAUUGGCAUACUCGCAGCACUGCCAAGUAUUUGGCGUGCUUACCGGAACGAUCGAACCUCUCAAGCAGGCAACCGUCCUUCGACGAGCCUUUGCACAGGAUUCCGGCUUCUCCAAGUGCUCGUACGUUAUGCAGUUUUACGCCUUGCGCGCCUUCGCAAUGGCCGGAGAUGGCGUGUACGAGGAGAUGUGGUCCCAAGUCUGGAACCCGUGGCGACGCAUGUUACGCAACAACUUGACCACCUGGGAAGAGGACGACGUGAGACAACGAUCUGAUUGUCACGCCUGGGGUAGCGUGCCAAUCUAUGAAUUCUGUACCGAGGUGGCAGGCGUGCAGCCGAUUGGAGCUGGGUGCUCCAAACUUCUCUUUGCACCCCGAUUGACGCUUAGCAAAAGUAUCAAAGCCAAUGUUGCGCUGGGCAACGACAAUCUGGCCAUUGUCUCGUGGCAUACCAACGAGGAUGGCAGUAUACAGGUUGAUCUUCGACUUGACAGAGCAAUUGAAGUGCAAAGCCAAAUUGCCAAUGAGGAUGUCAUUGAACAUGGCGUUCUAAAUCAUCUUGUUCUACAGUAUCGCCCGACCAGAUAA